UGUUGCCGAGAGAACCUGCUGUUUUAAUUGCAAUUACCUCGUAGUGUUGGAAUACGUUUUUGUAGCAGCCUUUACUCCUUAAUCUUUUCGAAUUUGUUCUGAGACAGUGCGUUUGGGUAUUAGUCACACUAGGUUGACGUUAAUUUUGUGUUAAUUUUCCAGCGUAUUGUGCUUGUGCCAGUGUUAAUCUUUAUAAUGUCUUUUGGUAAACAAGUUUUCGUACUCUUUGAUAGUAAGCCUUCUGUUAAAAAAAAUUAGUGAUAUUUUCAGUGUUUUUAAAUACUAUUCAAACUGUUUAAAACGGCUGCAGAUAUGGUUAAGAGAUCGGAUGGCACCGAGUCUCCCAUUUUAGAGGAACAAGAGAGUGCCAACUCAGAAAAACCAAAACAACUAAUUAAAUAUGGAGAAUUAGUGAUUUUAGGAUACAAUGGCUUCUUGCCCCAAGGCGACAGGGGUCGAAGGAGAAGUAAAUUCAUGUUGUAUAAAAGACCGGUGGCCAACGGCGUCAAAAGGUCCAGGCAUUACGUAGUUAAAACUCCACACUCCUCGCAAGCCAUCCUAGAUGCCACUCAACACUCGAUAUCGUAUACCUUGUCAAGGAAUCACGCGGUCAUCGUAGAAUAUACAAACGACGAGGAUACCGAUAUGUUCCAGAUUGGUAGGUCGUCCGAGUCUCCGAUAGAUUUCGUGGUGAUGGACACCAUCCCCGGAGACAAGACCGGCGAGGUAAAAGUGAACCAGAGCACGAUAUCGCGGUUCGCCUGUAGAAUAUUGUGCGACAGGACCAAUCCGAAAAUCGCCAGAAUAUACGCCGCUGGUUUCGAUACUUCAAGAAAUAUAUUCUUAGGAGAGAAAGCGACGAAGUGGCAGGAAAAUGGAAGGGAAAUCGACGGGCUUACGACAAACGGAGUUCUAAUCAUGCAUCCACGGGGAAGUUUUUGCGGAGGAGAGGCUAAGUGCGGAUAUUGGCUGGAGACGUCGGUUGGCGGAGGUGUUUUUUCGCUUAGAGAGUCGAGAUCUGCCCAACAGAAAGGUCAAGUGGUUGAAGACGCAACAAAUGUACUUCAAGACGGAACUCUAAUCGACCUUUGCGGGGCCACGUUAUUGUGGCGAUCAGCAGAGGGAUUAUCAAAAUCUCCAAGUAAAAGAGAUUUAGAAAGAGAAAUCGAUGAAAUAAACGCUGGACGACCACAGUGUCCAGUCGGUUUAAACACACUGGUAAUACCAAGAAGAGUAUCUCCCAACGAAAACCAGCAGCAGCCCUACGUCUAUCUCAACUGUGGACACGUCCAAGGAUUACACGAUUGGGGCCAGGAUAAGGAUACCGGAUCCAGAAAGUGUCCUAUUUGCUUAGAGCUUGGACCAGUCGUGAAGGUAUUUAUGGGGUUGGAACCAGCUUUUUACGUGGAUUCUGGGUUGCCGACAUUUGCUUUUAAUCCUUGCGGGCAUAUGGCCACAGAAAAAACUGUGAAGUACUGGGCGAACGUGGCUAUCCCCCACGGCACCAACGGAUUCCACGCAGUCUGCCCGUUCUGCGCCUGCCCGCUGUCGGGCUCGCCCGGCUACGUACGUCUAAUCUUCCAGGAUAACGUGGAUUAACUUUUCCAGACGUAGGACGGUUACGUUAUUGCUGUUGUGUGAAUGUGCGUGUGAUUAUUUCUCCGUAGGUUAGUUUACCAAAGCUUUAUUUAUACCGCAGAGGGGUCGAUUAUCGCCGUUUCCGUUCGUACCGAUUUUUUACUGUAAAUAAUCGAAGCUGUUGGCCAUAUUUAUUAUGAAUCAUAGGGAUCAUAUUGAUGAAAGGGAACGAUGAGAUAUUUUUUACACGUAGACGUCGGAAGAAAGAUGACUAUUAUUUUUUUAUAAGUCUAUCUUCCUUUGUACUAUCCGAAAGGAGGUGGAAAUAGAAUUGUAAUUAUUGUAAAUAAUUGCUCCUUAUUAUUGGACCGCUUGGUUACUGUUGCGUAUGAUUGUGAUUUUUUCGUUACGUUUUUUCCGUGUCGUCGUCGUAGUCGACGGUUUCGUAUUUUUGAGUAAUUUGUAUCGUUAAGUGCAAAUGUGUGAAAUGUUAAGACUGGUUAGGAGUUAGAUUAUCAUUAAGACUUAUUGUAUCUGCUGUCCAGAGAAAAUGCUGGAAGGACUUAAUUUUCCUUGUUUCGGGUGCAGCCCCGGCGGAGCUAAAAACGAUGGAACUUAACGGAUCGACCGUCGUCGACGUUUCGUAUGUAAUUUUCUGCGUGUAAUUCUCACUCCGCUCUAAUAAAAUUUAAACAGGCAGCGGGGCAUUCUAUCGAAAUGACUUUGCGUUGGGACAGGGACCACAUAUUCGUGCAUUACCGUUUUUUCUUGUCAUUUUCAACAAAUUUUAAAUAAAAAACAUGAAAUCGUGCAGGUUGAGUAAAUUAUUGUAUCAUCACACAAGGCGACAUCGACUGGGCAAAAUAACAAGAUUCAAAAGUGUAGUGAAAACUUUUUUUUUUUAAUGUUAUACAUUUUUAUAGAUUUUAUUACACAGUUUGUCUAAAUAUGAAUCGAUGCACAAAUAACGGACUUUCCCCCAUUCUAACGCAGAUUUUCUAUAAAAUGGAAUUAG